AUGUAUGCGAUGUCUAUUAGUGGAGAGGGUGCCCAGUACCUGCGUGUUCCGCCCGACCCGGGCAUUCAGGCCAGCCCAGCUGCUGCUCUAGGUGCUAGUGUGUCUGCUCCCACAGGUCCUGCUGCAGCAGCUGCCCUAGGUGCUAGUGCGUCUGUGCCCCCUGGUACUGAGUCGACUGCAGCACUGCACACCUUCACACUGGACUCAGGUGCUUCUCGCUCUUUCUUUCGUGACCGCACUGUCCUUGAGCCACUAGCUCGGCCGGUUGCUGUCUCUCUUGCUGACCCCUCUGGGGGUCCGGUCAUUGCGACCUCCUCCACUACACUUCCGUGUCCAGCGGUUCCGUCCGGCACGCUCUCAGGUCUCUACCUCCCCUCGUUCUCUACGAACUUGGUGGCGGGCUGUGCUCUGCAGGACGGGGGUGUUCACCAGUUCACCCCUGCCUACGAGCGUGUGACACAUUGCACGUGUGCUCGGACGGGCCGCCACCUGGCUACUUUCACUCGGGAGCCGGGGUCGGACCUGUACACACUGACCACUGAGUCCCCUCAGGUAGCUGCGUCUGCGUUGGCGUCUGCGUCAGGUCAGCUGUCCGCCCCCUGCUCAUGUCGCUCUCUGGCGCAUGAGACUGUCCUCUGGCACCACCGCCUUGGUCACCCGUCUGUGCAGCGCCUUCGGGCCAUGCACAAACGGGACCUUGUUGCUGGUCUUCCCAGGGUGCUCCCUCCCCUUCCCGCCUCCCCUGCUCCUGACUGCAUUCCCUGUGUCGAGGGGCGGCAGCGCGCCGCUCCUCACUCCUCCUCCUUUCCCCCGACGACUGCUCCCUUGCAGACGCUCCACAUGGACGUGUGGGGCCCAGCCCGCAUCCGUGGUCAGGGUCAGGAGAGGUACUUCCUGAUAGUUGUUGACGACUACUCGCGCUACACCACGGUCUUCCCCUUGCGCGCCAAGGGUGACGUCCCUGGUGUUUUGAUCCCCUGGAUCAGCCGAGCCCGUCUCCAGCUAGGCAAGCGCUUUCACUCGGACUUUCCUGUCCUGCGCUUGCACUCUGACAGAGGUGGUGAGUUCGCCUCCGACCUCUUGGCAGCCUACUGUGCUGAGCACGGCAUUGAGCAGUCGUUCACGCUUCCGGCCUCUCCACAGCAGAAUGGGGUCGCUGAGCGCCGCAUUGGCUUGGUCAUGGAGGUCGCUCGUACCUCCCUGACCCAUGCGGCUGCUCCCCACUUUCUGUGGCCGUUUGCGGUCCGGUACGCAGCGCAUCAGCUCAACCUCUGGCCCCGUGUCUCCUUCCCGGAGACUUCCCCGACUCUACGGUGGACGGGAGAGGUUGGCGAUGCGUCGCGUUUCCGGGUCUGGGGAUCUCGAGCUUUUGUCCGCGACACGUCCGCGGACAAGCUCUCGCGUCGCGCUGUUCCCUGUGUCUUUCUUGGCUUUGUUCCCGACGCGCCUGGAUGGCAGUUUUACCACGUCACCUCGCGCCGGGUUCUGGCCUCUCAGGACGUCACUUUUGACGAGUCCGUCCCCUUCUACCGCCUCUUCCCCUACCGCACUGCCCCGCUCCCCCCCCCCGCCUCUCUUCCUCGCUCCAGGUGCUGA